AUGGACUACCAACUAUCACAAAAGCUCAACAAUGUACUACAGUGCCUGGAGGUCAACAGGAUGACCAUUUCAGACUUCAUAAAACAACUGCUCCAAAGCACGGACAAGAUUCACCACUCAGCAAAGAAAAAUUUAGUGCAACAAGGCUCGGAGAUUUGCACUCACCUUUAUCAGUAUCCUGACACUCGCACAUCAAUAUCUUUGUGGGCAUAUGAAGUCGUGAGGGAAGUGCUUGGCGCUGAGAUCAAAGACCUGGUGCGGAAGGAGAACGGAUUGCAUUUCCGUGCCAAAUCUGCAACGACGGAGCAGUUAGAACAUUCAUUUAUGCCUCGAGUCGCGGAAAAGAUCAGAAGGCAUGCACCAACUAUUUGGAGAUUAAUCUACUCACUUCUCGAGGCAUCUGAUGAGCGACGGAGCACAGGGAAAGCCAUGGUUGAUGAGAUGGUGAUGACCGAAGUGUUCGCAGAUGCGGAGCGUGACCUUGGAGAGAUUGGGGGUGACAAUGGUGUAGAUGAAUCUACGUCAGAUACAAGCGACGAACAAAGGAACGACUCACGCGAGCAUCGGACCCAUGUACAAGUAGAGGCCAGAAAUACAACACUGCAGAUAAUCAAAACUGUCGUGUGCAUCAGUAUAAUUUUGCAGAGCUCAAACGAAAGAUGCAAUUACUUACAGGGUCUCCUCGGCAUAUUCUUCCACUCGACAGGUGUUCCGCAGAAAGUGAUUGAUGUCCUGGCACAUGCGGGAUUAUCUAUCAGCGUCACAUCAAUACACAAUGCAGUACACUCGAUGUCCAAAGAAAUUGCAGCUAACAUCAAGCAAGGUAUUCGAUCACUGAAAGUGUCCUUUGCAUAUGAUCUCACAUCCUCGCCACUUUCCGUCCGAUUCCCAACACUCGGCACUUGUGCGAUACUUGUUGAUUUGUGCUUUUUUCGGGAACCUCCACCACCAUCGUCGACCUGUUUUCGUUUUGCGGUGCGUGCAUUGGCUCUUUCUCUUGCCUUCUCUUUCUGA